GAAAAGAGUGCUACGGAGACGGUUGUUGCAGCUAGGGUGUGACCACCAAUCAUAACGCAAAGUGCUAAACUAUGCAGUUAAGUGAGAUUUGGUGUCUGGUGAUAUGGCUCGGGCUUUUCGCCAGAAUAUUUGGAGAAACGGCAGUUGGUGCUAUUGACACACUUGACGAGCAACAAUGCAGCAAGGAGCGCAAAGGCUGCUGCUAUGAACUUCAUAUGGAAAUGGAUGAGGCAACAGUCAACUGUGUGAUGCAUUUUCAUAAUAAGGGCGAAAUUCCAUCGGAUGACGAUAAAAAUCCCGUUAAAUCGAUUGAAUUUUUAUCGUGCUUGGCGCACUGCAUCUAUAAGAAGCGUAAUUAUUUGACCAAAGGCAAUGAAGAUAUUAAUAUGCAAGGCGUGAAGGAACAUGUAGAGCAGUCGUAUGCUGGUCGUCCCAAAGAACAGCAAUAUUUUAUUGAGUUGUAUGAUGUUUGUCGCAAAGAUGCUUUGAAGAUGUAUGGUUUGACUAAGAACAACCCAGCUGCUAAAGUUUUUUUCAGGAAAGCCUGCAAACCGUAUUAUCUUUUCGUAUAUUUGUGUCAAGCUGAAUAUCAUAGGAAGAAAACCUGUCCAUACUUUGUGUGGGGAGGUGAGGAGAAAACGCCAGCUGAGCAAGAAUGUAAAGCAGCAAAGGAUCAAUGUUAUAAAAUCGAUGGUUUAACACCACCGGAUGUACUUGACGUUGAUCUACCUUAAUGUUCUCAUAUUUUUUGCUUGCUCUCUUAAAAAUUUAAAUAAAGAAAAUAUAUCAGUUUCAUGUUUCU